CCAACAGCCUUUGGCGUGUUCUCUUCCCUCUGGAAAUAGAACUGUCAAACUUGUAAAUAGCCGUGUGGAGAUGUUAGGCAACCAACUAUCUCGCUUUGUGAGCAAACCGGGCGGAAAGUGCCACUUCGUUUCAGAGCUUCAGACAAUACGCGCACAUGUACUUCGUACACCGGUGCAUUAUGCACAUGAGCACACACACCUCAACACCGAAAUUUCCUCAGAUCGCUUCCCUGUCACGCGUGUCUCCCCGGUUCGUUCGUUGCCACCCACCGAGCUCUUGGAGCACAGCCAAUUACGGGCCUCCCCAAGUUUCGAACCAGACUCCCCCUGCGUCACCCCGUUUUGGCCGUUCUUUGGUAAACGGAAAAGGGUUCCUCGCUUGGGUUAGUGCGAGCUCACUUCCGCAUGGGAUCCCACAGAUCCCCAGACUGGCAGGGGUUCUCGAUGGCUGGCAACGGGUGUGGUUGGUGUGGCUCUUGUGCUCUGCUUCGGGGCCUGCGUCUCGUCCGGGAAGAUCUCUUGAACGCUUGUGGGCUUCGGCCCAUUUCAGACAUGGUCGAAGGAUGGCGCUCCAGUGCGCUCCAAACAUCCCAGCUAGCCGUCUCGGGUAUCUGUCUGUUGUCGGUCGUGCUCCCGGCCGAGUACUUGAAUUCACAGGUCCCCUCCUCAAUGCCGGUCCCACUGCUUGGGUCGUAGUUAACCAUCCUGCUGGAACGACCACAUCGUCACAUCACGCCCCUCCUCCUUGGCCUCGCUGUGCCUCUCGAAACGACAUCAAAGAAUAACUCUCACUCGACUUUGUUGCGCCGGCGUCAGCGCCCCAUCUUGGUAUAAUCGAGGACUAUUCUCGAAUAAAUAACCAGCCAUCGAGCUGAGACUCCUUUCAAGGCUCGCCC